GUCAGAAACCAAUGAAAAAAGGUGUCCAUUAUAGUUUAAUGGCACCCGGUGGCAUCAGGAGGAAAUGCAGGGGGACAAGGACGAAAGAUAAGCCAGCGAAAGUCCAAGUGGAGCAGGCAGAAGGGGUACUGGAUGGGUCCAACAAACACCAACUUUCAGAUUCUAAAGCCAGACUCUGUUCUUUUUUUUCCGAAACCUAACUACGUGCUUUUGUUGCCUAAACCUAACCAUGUGUGGUAGUUGUUGAAGGGAAAAAAAUGUCAAUUCGUGGUGGUACGUUUACUUUAAAAGAGACUGUAUGCAAAUGUUAAAUUUCCUGUGAAAAUGGAAGUGUAUUUUGAAAGAUGACAAUGCAUGUAACAGGCAGAACUUGACACAGUGUUCCAGAACAUCAACAACCAACACACCCAGGGUACCUUGCACGUCCUAUGUGGACGUGGAAGGUCCAUGACACAAACGUCAAUAUGUGACGAGGUCGGAGUGAGAAUGUGUUGUUGUAGGUGGCAAGAAGAAACAAACCUCAGUGAGCAGAAAUGGAUAAAGAAUGACAAGUUCAGCCUCAGAGCUCUGCUGAUGGUUCUCUCGACAAGACCAAAGUUAUUUGCGUUUACUGCUGAAUUGAACUGAGUUACCACCAGAGUACAAGCUGCUUAUAAAACAGGGGAUGUUUAGUUAACCUUUACAUGUGUAAAGCUGGACACUACAUGGUGUGAGCAAUGUUACAUUCAGGUCAUUAUGUCCAUCUGUUGUUGCUUAUUGGGCUUGAGUUUGCCAUGAUAUGCGCAGAACCUUUGAGAUUAUUCUGGAGAAAAUUCUGGACAGUCUUUGUCAUUUUUUUGGAUUGUUGCAAUAAUAAUUAACAAACAUUUGCAUAAAGCAAGAAAUGUGUCCACUCCCAUGUUGAUAAGAAUAUUAAAAACUACUGGCUUGCAGGAGGUUCACUGUAUUCCAAAGUGUGCUUUUUACAAACUUAACAUGUUCACUUGGUGUACCCACCAACUGGGAACCACUGAUUUAAAGAUUGUAUCUCAUCAUAAAUUUGACACUGCGUGCAGUCCUGUCAGGGUCCUGCACAGGACUCACCCAAAUUAACACGUGCUAAACAGGAAGAGACUCACAAGGACCACAGAGUCACAAAUAGACCCCAAAGAGAUGCAAAGAACUGCAAAAUGAAGCAAAACAACCACAAAGAAACAUAAAAAUUACCAAAAUAAGACACAAUACCACAGCUAGAUAAUGACUUCAGCAAGACAAGACAAAAAAAAAAAAAAAAAAAAAAGUAGCUACAUAAGUAUAAGUAAGAGUAUUAAAACGACAGUGAUUUGAAUCAGUUAAAUACAGAAAUAUGACAAAUUCAAAUGAACAUUAUCACAAACGUGACCAGGAUUGGUGCCACAGAUAGUGCACCACUUAUCUUAAUUAUCCAAAGUAUUUUCUCAACAGGUCGACAACCGUUUUUAAGUCAUUUCAUUGAGAAAGUUGUAUUGAGCAUGUGUGUGUGAGGACUGCUGAUUGGAAGAUGUGUGUUGAAUUUGGCGCUUCUGUCCCUGCGCACUGGAGGCUCUCCCCUCACCGCUCCUCUGUGUUUUCGAGCUGAGCGCUCACACCUGAAGUGACAGGGAGGGAGUGAGGCUCGGAGAGGCUCCGAGCUGUGAUGACGGCAGCCCACGGAGCUGCCCAGCCUGCUUCUACUGUAAAGCGACUGCAGGGCACAUUUGGAGAACUAGUCAGUAGGGAAAUAUCCAAAGGGAGGGGGACGCGCGCAUGUGACAGGCUUUGGACGUUUCCAUUUAUACCAGUCGGGCAGGGAAUUGAAUCUCUCCAUCGGGAGGUGCGUUAUUAUUAAAAUCACUGGCGACUGGUAUUUUUCAAACAUUGCACGCCUGCGUCCGUCGCCUGCGGAUCGUCACAGCACCAUGCGAGCAGGAGAGACGCGCCCUGUGCCAUGCUGAACGACUCUCCGACUCUCCUGCUGGCUCUCACAGCGGUGGCCGGACUUCUCCAGCGAUGCCAAGGCUGGAGCGACGAAGACCUCCUCCUGCCGCCCAUCAACUCCUCCAACAGGUUCCUGGCCAACCUGGAGGUGGACGUGCGCUUCUCCAAGAGGUCCGUGGAGGAGAGCGAAGCCUCGCCCGACGCCUCCUCCCUGCAGACUCUGUCCCAGUGCAACGUGAGCGUCCAGAGACUCCAGCCCACCUCGCUGGUGGCCCGCUGGGACAGCAGCUUCGGCUUCCAGUGUGAUGUGCUCAUCUACACCACCAACAACCACGGAAGGGCUUUUUUCUCCGCGUCUUUCAACAGGGCGAUCUCGCCUGUCGUCAUCGAGCAUCUCGGGGUCACCGGGGGUCAGCAGGAGUUGAGGCUGUGCGUGGGCUGCGGGAUGUCCCGGUACCGGCGGUUUGGGCAGGGCAGGUCGAGGGGCCAGCAGACCGGGGAUCAGAUCACUUUCUGCUGCGUGGAUUUCAGCCUCGACGAGCUGAAGGGGGACAAAAGUUGGAGGCUGAACAGAAAGCCCAUCGAGUCGACACUUGUGGCUUGUUUCAUGACUUUGGUCAUCAUUGUGUGGAGUGUUGCUGCUCUCAUAUGGCCAGUCCCGAUCAUUGCAGGAUUUCUGCCUAAUGGGAUGGAGCAGAGGAGACCGAGAUAAUUAAAAUAAUCUUUAUUAUAAUUAGCCUGUGCUGCCUAUACUAUAACUGUAGCCAUUCAACUGUUCACCUGAAUGAAUGAUUCAGCCGAAUGCUGAGCUUUGGAGAACUUUUUGAUGAGAUGCUUUAGUUUUGGGGGUCUUCUUUAACAGUUAUUAAAGCUCCUGCUCAUUAGGACAACCAAGGUAAAGUAUGAUGGAUUAUACUAGCCAAUAGUAAUCUAUACUGGGACCAAUGUGUUUUGUAUACCCUUGUAGGCCUUCCUAUAGAUUAUGUCAGCGUAAACUGUGCAAACUUUUCUCUUUAAACAGUGUUUGUAUAGUUUUUAAUCUUUCUAGAAAGUUUUUGCCUUAUCCCAUGUGUAGGACUUUUGCACUGAAAACUGAACUUUGAGGUGUGCCGUCACAUAUAUAACCUAUAGUCAUGUUCAAAGUAAGUGUAAUAGUUUUUUCCAAUGCGUUCUGAGAAAUAGAUGUUGUUUAUGAUUGACAUAGAGAGGGUUUCAAUAAUUAUAUUGUUAGAUUUAUAAUGUCAAGUUCAAUAUGCGUGCUUAUUUGUAUUCAUGUUCCAACGGUUUCAAUGAAAAUAAAAUUGAUUAUAGGCUAUAUCUCAGAUUCUCUCUGACCUGCUCUCUGUAGCCUAAAUCAGUUUACUUCAGGCUUAUGUCAAGUGGACACAGCAUGUGAUCAGAAGAUGAAAGCCAACACUGUCAAAGCCUGUGGAAAAUAUGCACUCAUGUGCCAGUUUAUUAGGUACACUAAGCUAAAACUAGUCUAACUUCAUGAGGUUAUAUUAUUCAGUUUCAUUUUCAUAGAGAGGUGUUGAUUCAGCAGUGUGAUCAUUUUUGAGGAUGUAGUUAGUGUUACUGAGUAGAUUCUGUUAUGUUCGCUACCCUCAUUGAUGUAAAAGGGAUGGACAAAGUCAUAGAAACACCCAGCACAAUAUAAUUCAACAGCACCACAAACUGCUCCUCCAAAAUGAUCAUUAAGUUAUUUUAACAUGGAUUAGGUGCACAAAUGCACAAAUGGACACUGAUUUUUUUUAUGAUCUCAUACACUGUAUGAAUGCCUGGCUGUAUGACCUAAUGCAGCUUUAGUUAUACAUUUAGCUCACUUCAGAUUUUUUGAUCUAAGGUGUAGAUGUGGAAUUAUUAUGUAGUCUACUUCAGUGUCAAAGUACUCUCUUUGACAAUGGCCUAUUUCAGAGUGUUAAAUUAUUGAUGCAAAAUGAGCAUCAGUAGCUGGUUCAUCUUGAUUUCCAGCAGUUCUCAAAGGGCUCAUGAUCACACUGCAAACUGUGUAAAAUCUGUAUUAGUAUAAUCUGUCAGGGUGCGGUCAGCUCCGUGCUUCCUCUCUUUUUCAUGGUUAGUGUAUAAAUAUUCGGAGAGUUGCUCAUCAUCUGUUAAAAAUGGUUGUGUUAGUGGUGUAAUGUUAAUAUUUCCAAACAUGUGGGUUGCUUUGCUCCUCAGAACUAAAAGUUUCACCACAUACAACCUGCCUUUUUUUAAAAUUUCAUAGGAGGAGUGUAGAUGUGCUGCUGUCAUGAGACUUUAUCAGCCUGAUCCAUCAACAAAACUGUGUGUGACUUGCUGAGCUGCCCGACCAGUUUAUAAUGAUGACAAAUUCGGAGUGGAUGUUUAUCAGUAAGAAUUAGCUUUGAAUAGAAAGCACAUAGAUCAUUUAAUUUCCCAUGACAAAUACACUCAGUUGGCAGUUUAUUAGGUAGGCCUACAUCUAAUAAGUAAUGUCGUCUAAAACAACAGCCCUUCAAUAAAUCCCUCCCUUCAUCAGGGCUGUAAGUGGGGUGGACAAAAUAACAGGAACACCUCUCAGUGUAUUUCAAUACAGUUCAACAGAUGAAUGAACUGUAAAACAUGGUAUAUUUUGUCAGCUACAUCUGUUUUUAUUUAGGACACCUUAGUGGACCUUUGUGUCCUCAAU